AUGUCAAGCACACCACAUAAUGAUGUUACACAAGAUCAAUACAUCAAAGAACAUCAUCAAGAGAACGAUAUUGAAUUAGGUCCUCAAUUAACUCGGGUGUCGACUAAAGAGUCUGUCAAAAAGGCAGUCAACUUUACUUUCAAUGGACCCGUAUUUGCUGGUCUAUUGUUAGUGCUAGCUGGUGCAGCUAUUGCAUUUCAAGCUGGUUGUAAUGCUACUUUAAAUCACUACGGUGGAAGAGCAUUUUCUUCAGUGAUCUCAUUUGCUGUAGGUGCUACUUGCUGUCUUUUGUUCUUUUUGAUAGAUAGUACUGUAGGAAAAACGCCUUUGCCAAAUGCAAAGAUUAAAACUGCACCUUGGUAUGCUUGGUUAGGUGGUGUUUUUGGUGCGUAUUAUGUCAUUAUCAAUAUAUUGACAGUCCCAAGAUUAGGUGCUGCGACUGUGUUGAGUAUUUUUGUUUGUGCACAGAUUAUUAUGGCGUGUAUUAUUGAUCAUUUCGCUCUUGUUGGUGUAGCAAGACGAAGGUUCACUAUCUGGAGAAUCUUGGCUUCAUUAGGACUGGUUGGUUGUGUGGUAGUGAUAGCUAAAUUCUAA